AUGGAUAACCAAGCACUGGCAUUGAAAUACAUGUCUAACGCUUAUGGAGCCAGUUCAAUCAUGCAUGCGUUGGCCGUGCUGAAUUGGUUAAUCUUACUGGCGCAAAGCUGGGCUGUUUAUUGUCUGCAGUUGACAAGAUCCGUUACUCUACUCAUAUAUCAAUUGUCAGUGAAGCCAGCGUGGAAACUAUGCGAGUUCUUUUUGUGGUCGCCUGCGACCAUCUUAUUCCGGAACCUGACAAACUUGGCGCUUCUCCCGACCAAUGUGCCGCUAAUUCUAUUUUACAACACAACGUUAAAUGACAUUGCAAAAGUGAACUUGCAUUUGACAACUGUGACUGUAAAACUAUGCAUCCAGUACUUCAUCACAAUGAUGUUCAUUGGCGUCAUAUUCGGAAUUUACUGUGGUGUGGGUCUAGGACUAUUGCACAGAUUUAUUCAAAUACCUGAUAAGCACAUUGAAGUGUUCGGGGGUCUGACACAGUGGCUCUUUCCUCACACUGCUCACGAGACUGACGAUGUUAAGGCGAAUUCAACUCCUUGGCAGUACGGUCAAUAUUCGUCUCCCACAAGCGAUUUCACAGCACCUCAAACCGUGCGUACUCAACGAAGAGUUUCGCGAUCUACCCUAAGCAGUGUCUCAAAUGUAGCCUCUAAACUACCUCAUGAUUUCUUUCAGGUGAAAUCUCCAAGCACGCCUAUGAGGAAGUCUAAUAAUCAAAAGUUCGACCCGUCAAGACUCUCGCCUAUGAGCCCCGAAAUCGACGACGAAACUGAAUCAAUGUCUUCCAACAUGUGGGACACAACGGAGGAAUUGCCGGAAACCUUAAGAACAGAGUUGACUGGCCGUGUCAAUACAUUUCCUCGUUCGUAUACCACAAGCUCUGAGCAGCCAAAUUACAUUCAUCUCAAACCGCUGAAAAACAAAGAUUUCAUCUCAAAGCCGAAGGUUUGA